GGCGGCACUUUGUUGGGGGAGUGUGAUGGUGUGGUCCUAGAGCAGGCGUGCGCAGUUUUUACAGUGUAGUUCCAAACUCCUGUAGUUUAUAGUAGGUGGUACUUUGUAUCCUGAAAAUCUUUCAGAAAGUUUCGCACUAAAAGCUUUGGUGGUCCAUGGAUCUUCACAGUGCCAGUAGUCUUGUUAUUCAAGCCUUGACCCAGGCCACCAGCCAGGAUACAACAGUACUUAAACCAGCAGAAGAACAGUUAAAGCAGUGGGAGAUACAGCCAGGCUUUUAUUCUGUGCUUUUGGCUCUUUCUGAGGAGGAGAAGUCUACAUUGCGUGCAGGACUCAUCACUAACUUCAAUGAGCCGGUAAAUCAGAUUGCUACUCAGAUUGCAGUGUUAAUUGCAAAGGUAGCCAGACUAGAUUGUCCCCGUCAGUGGCCUGAACUUAUUCCUACUUUGUUAGAAUCUGUCAAAGUCCAAGAUGAGCUUCACCAGCACAGAGUGCUUCUGACUUUUUAUCAUGUUACAAAAACUCUAGCAUCUAAACGGCUAGCAGCAGACAGAAAACUUUUUGCUGAGUUAGCAGCUGGAGUCUACAGUUUUGCUUGCUCUCUGUGGAAUCAUCAGACUGACACAUUCCUUCAGCAGAUAUGUUCAGGAGAUGAAGCCGCUGCAGUCAAUUCACUUGAAAGAACUCUGCUGUCACUAAAAGUUCUUCGUAAACUGACAGCACAUGGAUUUACAGAGCCUCAGCAGAACAUGGAGGUGAUGGGUUUUUUAAAUGCAGUUUUUGAAAGAGUUAAACAGUUUUUGGAAUGUCGCAGAAGAAUCAGUGCGGGCCAUAUAUGUAUGGACAAGCUUGAGAAAAAUAUUAUUCUUUAUACUAAAGUGCUUUUGGAUUUUUUGGAUUAUCAUCCGUACCACUUCAUUCCACUGAUCCAAAGGUCGCUAGAAUUUGCUGUCAGCUAUGUUUUCACAGAAGUUGGUGAAGGAGUUGUCUUUGAAAGAUUCGUCGUCCAGUGCAUGAACCUUAUAAAGAUGAUUGUCAAAAAUAGUGCAUAUAAGCCUGCAAAAAAUGUUGAAGAUAGCAAGGUAGAAACACUUGAAGCCCAUAAGAUUAAAAUGGAAUUCUUCACCUACCAAACACUGACUGAGAUAUGCCGGCGACUGGUUUCUAAAUAUCUUCUGUUAACAGAGGAAGAACUAACUAUGUGGGAAGAAGACCCAGAAGGCUUUGCUGUAGAGGAAACGGGAGGAGACUCAUGGAAGUACAGUCUAAGACCAUGUACAGAAGUACUCUUUUUAGAUGUUUUUCAUGAAUUCAGCCAGACAUUGACGCCUGCACUUUUAGAUAUGGUUCACAAUCUACAGGGACCAUCUGUUAUGGAGGACUCGAGUGUACUGCUGAUUAAAGAUGCAGUGUAUAAUGCAGUUGGUUUGGCUGCUUAUGACUUGUUUGACAGCGUGGAUUUUAAUCAGUGGUUUGAAAAUCAGUUGUUGGCCGAGUUGCAAGUCGCACAUGACAGAUACAAGCUGAUACGACGAAGAGUAAUUUGGCUGAUUGGACAGUGGACGUCUGUAAAAUUCAGAUCUGAUUUAAGGCCUUUGCUGUAUGAAGCUAUUCUUAAUUUGUUGCAAGACCAGGAUCUUGUGGUUCGUAUUGAGACGGCCACAACAUUGAAGCUUGCUGUAGAUGAUUUUGAAUUUAGUACCGAACAGUUUUUGCCGUAUCUGGAAUCCAUCUUCAGUCUGCUCUUCCAGCUGUUACAGCAAGUUAUGGAAUGUGACACGAAGAUGCAUGUUCUGCAUGUUAUCUCAUGCGUCAUUGAGAGGGUUAAUAUGCAGAUAAGGCCAUAUGUUGGAUGCUUGAUACAGUAUUUACCCCUCCUGUGGAAACAAAGUGAAGAGCACAACAUGUUGCGGUGUGCAAUCCUUACAACACUAAUUCAUCUGGUUCAGGGUUUAGGUGCAGACAGUAAGAACCUGUAUCCCUUUUUACUUCCUGUCAUUCAGCUAAGCACAGAUGUUUCCCAGCCCCCACAUGUUUAUCUUCUGGAAGAUGGUUUAGAAUUGUGGUUAGCAACAUUAGAAAACAGUCCAGCUGGCACCGCUGAACUUCUUCGUAUUUUUCAGAACAUGCCUGCAUUACUUGAACUUGGUUCAGAAAAUGUGAAGACAUGCCUCCAAAUUAUUAAUGGUUACCUCUUCCUGGUGUCAUCCGAAUUUUUGCAGACUUAUGCUACUGCCAUUUGUCACUCAUUUUGCGACCUCCUUAAGGACAUAACUCAUGAAGGCCAAGUUCAAGUACUUAAGGUUGUGGAAAAUGUGCUAAAAGUGAGUCCUGUACUUGGUGCACAGAUGUUUCAGCCUCUUCUGCCUUCAGUUUUCAGGGGAGUCAUCGAUGGAGAGAGAUAUCCUGUGGUUAUGUCUACUUUUCUGGGUAUUGUAGGUCGUGUGUUACUACAAAAUGCAAGCUUAUUUGCUUCACUUCUCAGCCAAAUGGCAGUAGAGUACAACCAAGAGGUAGACCAGCUUCUUGGUAAUGUAAUUGAAAUGUGGGUAGACCGAAUGGACAACAUUACCCAACCAGAAAGAAGAAAACUGUCAGCUCUAGGACUUUUAUCACUUCUCCCAUCAGAUAACAGUGUAAUUCAAGAUAAAUUCUGUGGGAUUAUUAAUGUAUGCGUGGAAGCACUGCACGACCUGAUGACAGAAGACCCAGAAACAGGAACUUACAAAGACUGUAUGUUGAUAUCUCAUUUGGAAGAACCAGAGCAGUCUGAAGAUGAAGAGCCUCCAAAGGAACAGGACAAGAGAAUGAAGAUGCUUGCAUUGAAGGACCCAGUACACAGUGUGUCAUUGCAGCAGUUUGCCUAUGAGAAGCUCAAGAAACAGCAAGAUCUGCUUGGGGAGCAGGGCUUUCAGGCCCUAAUGCAAACUGUGGACACAGAAAUAGUUAGACAACUGCAGGAGUUCUUGCAGGGUUUGUGAUUAAACAGCAGCAUCUAUCCACCUCUACAGAAAAUCAUGCUGUGCACUACCAAAGCUUCCAUCUUCGCAAACAAACUGAUAUAAACCCUUGUUGAACUGUAAAGAAACGGAAGGAAGGAAAGAGGGUUUCAAAUGUUUAAGAAUUUCAUGCUGCUGCAAAAGUAGAAUCCAAAUGAAAGUAAUUAAUGCCAACAAUGUUUACAACUGUAUUAUACGUUUCUGUUUAUAAAGACUUGAACUUUGGUUUACACUUUGUAAAAAUGAUAAACAAAAUGGAGAUUUCCUACAAAAUGAGACAUUACUUCUUGUUUAACUAUAGUGCCUAAGGAAAGUGAAGGAAAGCUGUGACCCGAUUAGCUGGAAAAUUUGAACUUGUCAAAAGGAUAGAUCUGCUGUAACACCUGCUUUUGAGUAUUACUGUCCUUAGAUUCCUUUAUUAUUUUAGAUUGUUUAGCUGUAGAAAUGUACACUAAUUUUAUUAUUUUCAGCAUACUUGAUCAAGUAAGGUAGAGAGUUUAUCCCUAGUUAAUUCUGUAUUCAGCUCAUAUCUACCCCCCCCUUGAAACUGAAAAUUGUUUAAAACGAAACAAUUUCUUAUGUUUUAUUCUCAAGCUGAUUCAGAUAUUGGAUUUGCAUCAUGUAUACAAGAAACCUUGUGUUUUAACAUCCUUACGAUGACUAGUAAUAACCCAUUUUUAGAACGUUGUUUAAAGCUGUAUAUAUAAAAUUGGUAUCUUUCUAUCAAAAGCUGGUUGCUAGCUUAAGCUGCAUUGGUGUGUACUAAAAUGCCAAUGCCUUCAUCAUGAGAAAACAAUAAAGCUUGAAGGUAAAAGUUUAA